UUGUGCUUACGCUUAGUUCUCUUUUGUUCAGCAAAUUUGUCGGUAUUUCGUCCGCUGACAAAACUUACAAAAUUGGAGUUAUCACGCAACAAUCUUACCGAGAUUGGAGAACACGACCUAAACUUUUUGUCUUCGCUUAAGGAACUUCUGUUAGAUGACAAUCAGAUUGAGAAAAUCCAUGUUCGAGCUUUUUCUGGGCUGCAGCUGCAUCGACUGUUUUUGGCUAACAAUAAACUAAGUCGUCUUCCAGAAGGUGUGUUUGACAGCAUAGACCCAAAUAUUCUUCAUGCAGUUGAUGUCUCCGGUAAUCCAUGGCGUUGCGUUUGUGGCGAAGAAUGGUUACCUGAAUGGCUUGGCAAAAUGGGAAGACGAGUGAUUGGUUUGAAAGAUAUGGGAUGUAUGGCAACUUCGGGUUGUGGUGAGGUUUCAGCGGAAGAUGAUGAAAAAGGAAGUGUAUGGAUUGCGAUAGUUGCAAGCGCCUUAGCUGUCGUAUCGCUUUUAAUACUUAUUGCUAUCGGAUUUCUGUACCUAGACGAAGGAAAACUUCGCAGAGCGUCUUCUGAUUUGGAGUGGCUCAUUCCACGUGAUUCGCUGAAUAUAUCGUCACAGGAUACCGGGAAAGAGUCCUUACUUCGUGCUGACAACAAACCUAAGCCUUUAUUGCUUUUAGAAAAUCAGCCAAAGCCAACAUCGAUACUGUCUCAGUCUCCGACCAAAAAUGUUCAGCCAGUUAGUGAAAAGAAGCGGGUUCGAUUUCAGUAA